AUGGACGCCAUCAAGAAGCGCAUGAACGCCCUCCGCAUCGAGGCCGACGAAGCCACCGCCAAGGUCGAGGAGCUGUCGGCGGACAAGAAGCGCCUGGAACAGGAGAACCUGGCCAAGGAGCAGGAGAUUACCUCGCUCACCCACAAGAACCAGCUGCUCGAGGCUGAGGUCGAGAAGCUCGAGAGCAACGUGAAGGACGCCAAGGCCAUCGCCGACGAGAGCACCCAGGCAGGCACCCACAACGAGUCGCUGACCCGGAGGGUGCAGCUGCUCGAGGAGGAGGCCGAGGAGGCGGACAAGAACCUGCGCGAGACGAACGAGAAGUACGUCACUUUCCUGACCCCGAAGCGCUUCUGGUUUCCGCUCCGCCAGACCGACGUGCGGGCAGGCCACUACGAGCGCAAGGUGCAGGCUCUCGAGGCCGAGCGGGACCAGUGGGAGGCCAAGUACGAGGAGAUGGCCAAGAAGUACGCCGACACCAAGAAGGAGCUGGACGACUUCGUCAACGAGAUUGGCAACAUCUAA